GCGGCCAAUCUAACAGCAGAGGCAGCCAAUGUGGCGUCGAGGCAGGUGCUGUUCGGCUGGGUGGACCAUGCGGCGUUCGCGCUCAUGCUGACGCUCUCGGUGGCCAUCGGCCUCUACUUCGGCAUCUGCGGCCGCGCCAGGAACACCGCCAAGGUGGACUACCUGCACGGCGGCAAGACGAUGAGGGUGCUCCCCGUCGCCAUCUCCCAGAUCUCGAGUCACGUCUCUGGUACCACGCUGAUGGGCGUUCCUUCUGAGAUCUACUUGUACGGCAGUGUCUACGCCUGGGUCUGUGUGACUAUCAUUCUCUUCUCCAUCAUCACCAACUACAUCUUCCUCCCCGUCUUCUUCGAGCUGCAGCUUACAUCGACGUAUGAGUACUUGGAACGCCGCUUCAGCCGGACCAUCCGCGUCGUGGCGUCAGCGCUCUUCACUACCGGCCUGGUGCUCCAUAUGCCGCUGUACGUCUACAUGCCAGCCAUCGCCCUAAGCCAAGUUUCCGGAGUUAAUGUCCACCUUAUCACUCCACUUGUCAGCGCAGUAUGCAUUUUCUACACAAUGCUGGGCGGCCUGAAGGCGGUGGUGUGGACGGACUUCCUGCAGAGCGGGAUCACGCUGGCGGCCUUCAUCGCGGUGCUCGUGAUGGGACUGGUGGGCGCCGGCGGCUUCUCGGAGGUGUGGCGGGCGGCCAGCGAAGGCGGACGGGCACACAUCCUCGAGAUGACUCCAGACCCAUUCGUACGAAGCUCCUUCUGGACCGUGGUGGUGGGCGCAACAGUUUCCUGUGUGGGCGGAAUUUCGAUCAACCAGGGGAUGGUGCAGAAGUUCCUGGCGCUGCCGAGCAUGACGGCUGCUCGAAAGUCUCUGAUGGGGUUCACUUUCGGUUUGAUGCUUAUGAACGUCAUAAGCAUUUUCUGUGGCCUCCUGUUGUACGCUGCAUAUCACGACUGCGACCCAAUUGCGACUAAAGAGGUGUCUCGUCCAGACCAGCUGCUGCCCUUCUACGUGAUGAGUGUAGCUGGACACGUCCCAGGAUUGCCGGGGCUCUUCGUUGCUGGAAUAUUUGGAGCUGCUCUAAGUUCCAUGUCUGGCUGCCUUAACGCACUAUCUGGGACCAUCUACGAGGACUUUUUGCUUCCUCUGAUGCCAGGGAAGAAGUCCGACGUCGUGGUGAACCUCAUCAUGCAGAGCAUCGUGCUUGUGGUGGGAGCAAUCACCAUAGCUUUGGUCUUUGUAGUAGAGAAGCUGGGCACCGUGCUUGAGCUGGGAUACAGUAUUGGUGGUGUGUCCAACGGCGCCCUGUUGGGUCUCUUCACGCUUGGCAUGCUGGUGCCGUCAGCAAACACCAAGGGUGCUGUUGUUGGCAGCUUGUUGGGUAUGGCGGCUGUGGCAGUUAUUUUAUCAGGGGCGCAGCACGCCGUUGCCACGGGCCGCAUGAAGUAUCCCACGCUACCCACCUCCGUCGAAGGAUGCGCGGCGAAUUUCACAUCUACCAUCGAAACUGUAGCUCAGACAGGUACCGCAAGCCCAGCGACAGACGACGUGCCGCUGCUGUUCCGGCUGUCGUACCUGUACUACACGCUGGUGGGCGCCGUUGUCAUGGUGACGGUGGGCUGGACGGUCAGCUGGCUGACGGGCCCUCUAAGGCCGGGGGACGUGGAGCCCUCGCUGCUGGCGCCCAUGGUCCGCCCUAAACAUCGGCGCCGGGAAGAUGGCGCCACCGACGCCGAGCCGGCAGUCCGUGUGGAGCUGCUGCAGCAGACGAAGCACCAGCCAGAGACGCAGGGGGCCGCCUAGAGCCACGACAAGGGGCGACGAUCUCACUCAGAAAUGCCUUCCUCUACCAAACGGUUUCCCGACCUGUGGAACUUAACAUGUCUCCAUUCUCAAGUGAUGAAAAUAAGUUUCAAAGAGGACCACUUCUCUACCCAUAACCAGGACACCCUCUAAUAUUUCAUAAACAUUUCAAGAUACUGGUACAACAUUCACGCAACGUGAGUUCCUCGAUCAUCAUCAAGAUAUGUACACUGCACAAGUGAAGCAAGUAGUCUUAUGUUUGCAUGUACACAGCUACACGUUGAGAGAAAGUGGUGUAGUUUCCCUACUAUUACUGCGCUAAAUCAAUA